AUGUCAAGAUCCUCCAUAAUAAAUAAAUUUUCAACAUCGUCCCUUUGUUUCUCCAGCGGAAUCAGGUCAUUGUCAUCACCUAGUUCAACGUUUUUUUCUCAAGAAUCCUCGAGUGCACUUUUCAGAUCGGGAUCAUACAAUAACUUACGUCAAAAACGAAGAACUUGUUUGGUUGUUAGAGCUGACAGAGAUUACUAUACUGUGCUUGGUGUGUCUAAAAAUGCCAGCAAAUCAGAAAUCAAAAGUGCAUAUCGAAAGCUUGCCAGGAACUACCAUCCUGAUGUGAACAAAGAACCUAACGCUGAAGAGAAGUUUAAGGAGAUUAGUAAUGCUUAUGAGGUUUUGUCAGAUGACGAGAAACGCUCCAUAUAUGAUAGGUAUGGGGAAGCUGGGCUCAAAGGUGCUGGCAUGGGCACGGGGGAUUUUAGCAAUCCCUUUGAUAUAUUCGAGUCAUUAUUUGAUGGCCUCGGCGGUAUGGGUGGUAUGGGCAUGGGAGGAAGAAGCUCUCGUAACCGAGCCACAGAAGGUGAAGACCAGGUCUACAAUCUGGUUUUGAAUUUCAAAGAAGCUGUAUUUGGGGUUGAGAAGGAGAUUGAGAUAACUCGCCUGGAGAGCUGCAACACUUGUGAUGGAUCAGGAGUGAAAUCGGGGACAAAGCCAACUACAUGUGGCACUUGUGGCGGUCAAGGGCAAGUUGUCUCGUCAGCAAGGACACCACUUGGAGUCUUCCAACAGGUAAUGACGUGUUCUUCUUGCGGUGGGACUGGAGAAAUUUCUACUCCUUGCAACACAUGCAACGGUGAUGGCCGAGUAAGGAAGUCAAAGCGGAUUAGCUUGAAAGUUCCUGCUGGGGUCGACUCUGGUAGUCGUUUGAGGGUCAGGUCUGAGGGAAAUGCCGGACGGAGAGGGGGCCCUCCCGGGGAUCUUUUCGUGACCAUAGAAGUUCUUGCUGAUCCUGUUUUGAAACGGGAUGACACCAACAUACUUUAUAUUUGCAAGGUUUCAUAUAUAGAUGCUAUUUUAGGAACAGCAUUGAAGGUGCCAACGGUUGAUGGGAUGGUCGACCUCAAGAUUCCACCGGGUACCCAACCUAAUACAACGCUAGUUAUGGCGAAAAAAGGCGUUCCCCUUUUGAACAAAAGAAAUAUGAGGGGAGACCAGUUGGUGAAAGUGCAAGUUGAGAUUCCAAAGCGCCUAAGCACUGAGGAGAGGAAACUCAUAGAAGAGAUUGCCAACUUAAACAAGGCAAAAACAGCUAACAGUAGCAGAUAG